ACCAACAAUGCAUGUGAGACACACAAUGUAAAUUAUCUGGGAACUGUAGGUAAUCUUGCUAAACCAGUGAAAUAAAAGGUUGCGCAACCUGCUGAAGGAAACUGCAUACUAAACUGCAAACACAGUAUAUAAACAGAUUUUCUCUGGGCACAGAAACACAGCAGAUACACUGAAGCAGUCUGUUAACUAUUCUCAAGAAGCAAACGCAAAGUCUACUACAGCUCAAAUGGGUAAGCUCCUGAGCAAAAUCCAUGCAUCUUUGUUGGGUUUCCAUGGAAUAAAAGCUAGAAUCCUUCUGCUGGGCUUGGAUGCUGCUGGUAAAACUACUAUUUUAUACAAACUGAAAGUGAAUGAAACAGUUAUUACAGUCCCAACAAUUGGUUUCAAUGUAGAAACAGUGGAACCUGUCCAUAACAUAUCAUUCACAGUUUGGGAUGUCGGAGGUCAGACCAAAAUCAGAUCCUUGUGGAAACACUAUUUCAUGAACACAGAUGGCCUCAUUUUCGUACUUGACAGUGCUGACACAGAGAGAUUCACAGAGGCCAGAGCAGAGCUCAAAAUGAUUUUAAAGGAUGAAAAUAUGCAAAAAGUUCCUGUUCUAGUUAUAGCCAACAAGCAGGACCUCCCAGGUGCCCAAAGUCCAUCAGAACUGAUUGAAGUACUGGGCCUGAGGAAACUACAGGGACAUGAGUGGCACAUACAGGGAUGUUGUGCUAUGAAUGGAAACGGACUGCCAGAUUGCUUGGAAAUGCUGUCUCUUAUGAUAAAAAGGUACCAAAGACAAAGCCCGCAGUGGCAUUAAUGACUGUUUUUGUAGAGAACAAAUGACUGCAUUUAAGAAUUUGUGUUAUUCCAAAUAUUAAUUACUUUGAAAAAAUGAGAGAAAACAAGAUGACCAAAAGAUUGCUAUGUCUCAGUACUCAAACUUGCAAAACUUUAUUUUUCUAGUAAUCUAAUAUAGAA